GCAAACCGGCUGUCAACACUCACGGGCUCCAACACACACACGCACACACAACCCCCAAUCACACACACUCACAAACACGCCUGCGUCAUGCGUCCUGAGAACGACGGCACGAACUCGGUAACUCCGAUGGACCCCGGUAAAAGAGAGAGCAGCCGCAGCAGCAGUUUGAGGGGCUGACUGUGUCCGGCACAUCUGUCCAGCUGCGUGUACCCCCCGCCCCCCCACACACACUGCUCUGGGAAAGUUGCGCUCCGAGUGUGGUCGCACUAUGGAUUUUAUAACAACAAGCAGCAACGGGAGCAACGCGACCGGCGGGUACCCUCACGGGAUGGACGUGGUUGCGGACUGGGACGGGGGUGAGAAUGGCACCGGGUCUGGAUCUCUGCCUGAUCUGGAGCUGAGUUACCAGAUUAUCACAUCCCUGCUCCUGGGGUCCCUCAUCCUCUGCUCCAUAUUUGGCAAUGCGUGCGUCGUGGCAGCCAUCUACCUGGAGAGAUCGCUCCAGAAUGUGGCCAACUAUCUGAUCGGGUCUCUGGCCGUGACAGACCUAAUGGUAUCGGUUCUGGUUCUGCCUAUGGCUGCCCUCUAUCAGGUUUUGAACAAAUGGACACUGGGACAGGAUAUCUGUGAUUUAUUCAUCUCACUGGAUGUACUGUGCUGCACAUCAUCCAUCCUGCAUCUGUGCGCAAUUGCCUUGGACAGGUACUGGGCCAUAACUGACCCCAUUGACUAUGUAAACAAACGGACACCGAGGAGAGCUGCGGUCUUGAUUAGUGUGACUUGGUUAGUUGGUUUCUCCAUCUCUAUUCCGCCUAUGUUAGGCUGGAGAAGUGCCGAAGACAGAGCAACCCCUGACGCCUGCAUCAUCAGCCAGGACCCGGGCUACACCAUCUAUUCCACGUUCGGGGCUUUUUACAUCCCCCUUAUCCUCAUGUUGGUCCUGUACGGGCGAAUAUUCAAAGCUGCCCGGUUUCGGAUUCGAAAGACGGUCAAGAAACCAGAGAAAUCUAAAGGGUCAGACAAGUGCUUAACCGUGUCCCCGGCGAUCUUCCACAAGAGAAGCAACGGGGAGGCCGGGGGAAAGGGCUGGAAGCGCGGCGACGAGUCCAAAACCAGCUCUCCGUGCGUAAACGGCGCAGUGAAACACGGGGAGGAGGGCGAGUCACUGGAGAUCAUAGAAGUUCUGAGCAGCUCCAAGACGCACCUGCCUCUGCCCAACACCCCGCAGUCCUCGCAGGGCUACGAGCACAUGAAUGAGAAGAACUCGGGGGCGAAGAGGAAGAUCGCGCUGGCCCGGGAGCGCAAGACGGUGAAGACGCUGGGGAUCAUCAUGGGGACGUUCAUCUUCUGCUGGCUGCCUUUCUUCAUCGUGGCGCUGGUGCUGCCUUUCUGCGCAGAGAGCUGCUACAUGCCCGAGUGGCUGGGCGCAGUCAUUAACUGGCUGGGCUACUCAAACUCUCUCCUCAACCCCAUCAUAUAUGCCUACUUCAACAAAGACUUCCAAAACGCUUUCAAGAAGAUUAUCAAAUGCAAAUUCCACAGACCGUGAGCCCACGUGUUCACUGGCACGCGCAGUGAAGGAGCGGACUGUGUGCAACUGCAAAAAGAACAUCCAGACUUUUCAUUCAGGGACAGUCUCUUAUCUGUGUGUGUUUGAGGUCAGCUGAUGAAAUGAGACAUGACAGGAACUAUCGCUCUUAAUGUACAAGCUCAUGUUUAUUCAGUGUUUGUAGCUACAGUAUUUAGCCUUUACGCGGCGGCAGCCAUCGUUGUAUUGCCAUCCAAGACGUGUCAUUUGCCGAAUUCCAUGCAUUUUUACCAUGAGGCACGCACGAUUUCCGUCCUACACCAUGAGCUCUGUAGCACCGAAAACAA